AUGGCCGAACAACCGAGACUGUACAAUAUUUUCAUUCCUGAUGAGAAUCUCCAAGACCUCCAGCAACGCCUAUCACUUACCAAAUUCGCAACUCAGCUGGAGUCCGCUGAACAAGAUCCUUGGGAUUUUGGAACUCCCGUGAAAGAAGUGCAGCGACUCAUAGAGUAUUGGAAGGAUGGCUUUGACUGGCGGAAGGCAGAAGCCAAGUUGAAUGAACUGCCCCAAUAUCGAACGUCGAUCGAGGUAGAUGGGUUUGGCAGUUUGGAUAUCCACUAUGUCCACCAGAUCAACACCAAAAAGAACGCGAUUCCACUGCUCUUUAGCCAUGGAUGGCCGGGAUCGUUCAUUGAAGUCACGAAACUACUACCGAUGCUGAAAGGCGACGACCACAGUCCUGCAUUCCACGUUGUGGCUCCAUCGCUGCCUAAUUUCGGCUUCUCUUCAGGAGUGACUCAACGUGGCUUUGGCCUUGCACAAUAUGCCGAAGUCUUACACAAGCUCAUGAUCAAGCUGGGCUAUGAUCAGUAUGUGACCCAGGGAGGAGAUUGGGGAUUCUGGAUUACUAGAACCAUCGGUCUACUAUACCCCGAGCACUGCCGAGCCUCUCAUAUAAACAUGGUGCUGGCUAAGCCCCCUAAAUUCAUCAAUAACCCAUGGACAGCCCUGCAACACGCAUUGCUGCCGUACAAUGGCCGAGAAAAGGCAGGUCGCGAAAGGACUGAGUGGUUUAAUCGAGAAGGCUUCGGUUACAACCAACUCCAAAGCACCAAGCCACAGACCAUUGGCACAGCACUAGCAGACAGCCCUGUUGCCUUGUUAGCCUGGAUUUACGAGAAGCUGCACGACUGGACAGACUCAUAUGCCUGGACCGACGACGAGAUUCUAACAUGGAUAUCUAUCUAUUGGUUUUCUACGGCCGGACCCGCCGCUAGUGUCCGCAUAUACUAUGAAGCUUUUCACGCCGAGGUGGUCAAGGGAACAUCCUACAAGGACUUGAUUGCAUACGUCCCGCGAGUGAAGCUGGCAAUUGCACAUCUUCCUCGUGAAAUUUCUGUCAUCCCUUACUCUUGGGCCACUGGCCUAGGUCCGGUUGUUCAACAGAACGAGCAUCCUCGUGGAGGUCACUUUGCUGCCUGGGAGGUUCCUGAAUUUAUUGUCCAUGACUUGCGGGCCAUGUUUAGCAAGAAUGGUCCUUGCUAUGGAAUCGUCCCAGACAAAAAUGGUUACUAA